AUGAAUGGAAACAGUUCAGAGAGAGAAUCGCCAGUUCACAGUGGAACACGUCUGAAGCAGUCUCCCAAUACUCCACUGAAGAUACUUAAGUCGAGGAAGAAAGCUCGAGUAAAGCGGGCUCUGUUUGAAAACCAGGCAAAUGUUGUGCCAGACCUUCCUUCAAAGAAGGCCAGAACUGCUUUAUCUAAAUUAUCAGACAACGGAAAGAAGUUAAAUCCUCUUCCUGCACUAACUGCAGAUAAAUCAGGGAAGAAAAACGCUAUACCAGUAGGACGAAUGAUAAAUGAAAACUCUUCCGAGAAGAACUUAAACACUUUUCAAGUAGAAAAAGACGACACACAGAAGGAAAACUUUUAUAAUGUACCUGACCAUAAUUCAAAGAAGAUUGAGAAACGUAGACUACAACUACUAGUCAACCCAGUCCCAGUUAGUAAGACGACCUUAUUUGCUGAACUUGAGAACUGUGGGAGAAAACUAGUCUCUAAAGGGUUGGAUCAAGAAUCUCAGCUCCCUGGAUUUGUAUGUAAUCAAGAACCUGAGCUCCUUGGCUUAAUCUGUAAUCAAGAAUCUGAAUUAAUCUCUAAUCAAGUAAAUAAGAUUGAGCGUUUUGAUGAAUUCGACCAGUUAGAAGAAGCCUGUUGCAAUCUAGAAACAGAAUCUGACCAUGAACCAAGCAACCAAAUUAACAUACAUCCACAUGACAUGACAUCACAGUUGGAUUCUAUUGGAUUUACGGACGAGAAUAUAGCUACUCUGCUACUUCUGGAACAAGAGAUGGAUAGAUACAGUGUUGCUUAUGAAAAAGGAGAUGAUAACACUGCAACUUUUGAAACAUGCGAUGAAUACUUAGCAACUUUUGACACAGGAGAUGGAUACUUUACGGGUUCAGAAUCAGGAGGUAGAUUAUCUACUAUGCUAGGAGGUCCAGUUGGUGAAGGAGAUUACUCUUCUAGCAGGCUCAGUUGCAUCAGACGAUAGAUUUAAUCAACUAGCAGGCCCUGUUGAGGUGAAGAUAGAUCUAUUCUACUAGCAGACCUAGUUGGAGGAGGAGAUAGAUCUACUCUACUAGCAGUCCCAGUUGGAGGAGAAGGAUCUACUGUACUAGCAGACCCAGAUGGAGGAGAUAUAUCUACUGUACUAGCAGGCCCAGUUGAAGGAGGAGAAGGAUCUACUCUACUAGCAGACCCAGUUGGAGGAGGAGAUAGAUCUACUCUACUAGCAGCCCCGGUUGCAGGAGAUAAAAAUACUCUACUAGCAGGCCCAGUUGGAGGAAAAGGAUCUACUCUACUAGCAGACCCAGUUGGAGGAUGAAAUAGAUCUACUCAACUAGCAGCCCCAGUUGGAGGAGGAGAGAUUGCUGAAACCAGUGGUAAGUUUUUAUAUAAAUUGAAGGAAG